UUAGUGCUGGUUGGAGGGAGAGGGGGGUGCGCCGCCGGCCAGGCCGCCUGUUCCCACAGCAGCGGAGCGGAGCGUGCUGCCAUGGCGCUGGCCGGGCCGGGGACCCAGGACCCCGGGCUCUCAGCCCCUCUCUUGCUGCUGCUGCUGCUGCUGCUGCUCGGGGCCCCUGCCCUCGCCCUCCUGGCCGGAACGGUGACUGCGCAGACCCCGAGCGCCUGCGCCUCAGACCCGUGCGCUCCAGGGACCGAGUGCCAGGCCACAGGGAGUGGCGGCUACACCUGCCGGCCCGCGGAGCCCCAGGGCUGUGCCGCCCAGCCCUGCCACCAUGGCGCUCUGUGUGUGCCCCAGGGUCCAGAUCCCGGGGACUUCCGCUGCUACUGUGUGCCCGGCUUCCAGGGCCCACGCUGCGAGCUGGACAUCGAUGAGUGUGCGUCCCGGCCCUGCCACCACGGGGCCACUUGCCACAACCUGGCCGAUCGCUACGAGUGCCACUGUCCCCUCGACUAUGCAGGCGUGAACUGCGAGGUGGAGGUGGACGAGUGUGCCUCGGCGCCCUGUCUGCACGGGGGCUCGUGCCUGGACGGCGUGGGCUCCUACCGCUGCGUGUGCAGGCCGGGUUACGGGGGCGCCAGCUGCCAGCUGGACCUGGACGAGUGCCAGAGCCGGCCGUGCGAGCACGGGGGCGUGUGCCACGACCUGGUCAACGGGUUCCGGUGCGACUGCGCGGACACUGGCUACGAGGGCGUGCGCUGCGAGCAGGAGGUGCUGGAGUGCGCGUCGAUGCCUUGCGCGCACAACGCGUCUUGUCUCGAGGGCCUCGGGAGCUUCCGCUGCCUCUGCUGGCCAGGCUACAGCGGCGACCAGUGCGAGGUGGACGAGGACGAGUGUGCGUCGGGCCCCUGCCAGCACGGGGGCCAGUGCCUGCCGCGCUCCGACCCGGCCCUCUACGGGGGUGCCCAGGCCGCCUUCCCCGGCACCUUCAGCUUCCGCCAUGCUGCCGGCUUCCUGUGCCGCUGCCCUCCGGGCUUUGAGGGGGACGACUGCGGCGCGGACGUGGACGAGUGUGCUUCAGGGCCGUGCCUCAGUGGGGGCCGCUGCCAGGACCUGCCCAACGGCUUUCAGUGUCACUGUCCAGAUGGCUACACAGGCCUGACGUGCCAGGAGGAUGUGGACGAGUGCCUGUCAGAGCCCUGCCUCCACGGCGGGGCCUGCGAGGACCGCGUGGCCAGCUACGUCUGCCGCUGCCCCGAGGCCUGGGGCGGGCGUGACUGUUCUGUGCGGCUCACCGGCUGCCAGGGCCACACUUGUCCACCGGCUGCUACCUGCACCCCUACCUUCGAGUCUGGAGUCCACAGCCACGUCUGCCACUGCCCACCUGGCACCCACGGACCUUCAUGUGGCCAGAACACCACCUUCUCCGUGGUGGCCGGGAACCCCGUGCGGGUACCAGUGCCAGCCGGCGUCCGCCUGGGUCUGGCACUGAGCUUUCGCACCACGCUGCCUGCUGGUUCCUUGGCCACUCGCACUGGCACGCAGGACAGCUCAAAGCUGGAGCUGGCACUGGCAGCGGCCACGCUUCAGGCCACACUCUGGAGCCACGAUGAUGCUGUGCUUGUCCUGAGGCUGCCAGACCUGCCCCUAAAUGAUGGCCAGUGGCACCGAGUGGAGGUGACACUUGGCCUGGGGAUCCUGGAGCUGCGGCUCUGGCACCCGGGCUGUCCUGCCCAGCUCUGCGUGGCCUCCAGUUCUGUGGCCCCGGCUCCCGCCGCCUCCACUGCCACGCCGCCUGCCGGGUCGUGCUCUGUCCAGCUGGGGGGCGCGGCCUUUGCGGGCUGCCUCCAGGAUGUGCGUGUGGACGGGCACCUCCUGCUGCCUGAAGGCCUUGGGGACGAUGUCCUCCUGGGCUGCACGCGCCGUGAGCAGUGUCGGCCUCCACCCUGCGCCCACGGCGGGGCCUGUGUGGACCUGUGGACCCACUUUCACUGCGACUGCCCCCGGCCCUACAGUGGUUCCACGUGCGCUGACGAGGUUCCUGCUGCCACGUUUGGCCUGGGGGGCACCCUGAGCUCUGCGUCCUUCCUGGUCCACCCGCUGCCAGGCCCCAACCUCACUGUGUCCUUCCUCCUCCGCACUCGGGAGCCCACUGGCCUGCUGCUGCAGCUUGCCAACGACUCAGCAGCUACCCUGACCGUGUUCCUGAGCGAGGGCCAGGUCCGGGCCGAGGCGCUGGGCAGUCCCGCUCUGGUGCUUCCCGGGCCCUGGGACGACGGGCUCCGCCGCCUCGUGACGCUCAGCUUCGGGUCCGACCAGCUGCCGGGCUCGACGCAGCAGGUGCACGUAGGCGGGCGACUGCCCCCUGCCGAUGCCCAGCCCUGGGGGGGGCCCUUCCGAGGCUGCCUCCAGGACCUGCGACUCAACGGCCUGCACCUCCCCUUCUUUCCACCGCCACUGGGGAACUCAAGCCAGCCCAGGGAGCUGGGCAGCAGGCAGUCCUGGAACCUCACCGUGGGCUGCGUCUCUGAGGACACGUGCAGUCCUGACCCCUGUCUCAAUGGUGGGACUUGCCUGGUCACCUGGAAUGACUUCCACUGCACCUGCCCUGCCAACUUUACAGGGCCCACGUGUGCCCAGCAGCUGUGGUGUCCUGGCCAGCCCUGCGUCCCGCCUGCCACCUGCGAGGAGGUCCCUGAUGGCUUUGUCUGUGUGGCAGAAGCCACGUUCCGAGAGGGCCCUCCAGUCGCAUUCAACGGACACAAUGCAUCUUCGGAGCGAGAACUCAGUGGCCUCUCGCUAGCUUUCCGCACGCGCGAUCCCGAGGCCGGGCUCCUGCGCGCCACCGUGGGCGCCCUCGCCGCCGUCUGGCUGGCCAUAAGCAACGGCUCGCUGGUGGCUGGCGUGCGCAGCGGCCCCGGCCUGCCGAGUGCGGUGCUGCCUGCGCCCAGGCCGCACGUGGCCGACGGAGCUUGGCACCGCGUAAGCCUGGCCAUGGAGCGCCCCGCAGCCCCUGCAUCGCGCUGGCUGCUGUGGCUGGACGGCGCGGCGACGCCCCUGGUGCUGCACGGCCUGGCCGGCGACCUGUCCUUCCUGCGCGGCCCGGGCGCUGCGCGCGUCCUGCUGGCGGAGAACUUCACCGGCUGCCUGGGCCGCGUGGCGCUCGGAGGCCUCCCGCUGCCCCUGGCGAGCCCGCGCCCCGGAGCCGCCCCCGGGUCCCGAGGGCACUUCUCCGCCUGGCCCGGAGCGCCGGCCCCGCGCCUCGGCUGCCGCGGCGAGCCCGUGUGCGUCUCCUCGCCCUGCCUGCACGGCGGAGCCUGCCGCGACCUCUUCGACGCCUUCGCCUGCGCCUGCGGCCCGGGCUGGGAGGGCCCGCGCUGUGAGGCCCGCUCCGACCCGUGCCGCUCGGCUCCCUGUGUCCGCGGCCGCUGCCACGCGCACCCGGACGGCCACUUCGAGUGCCGCUGCCCGCCGGGCUUCGCGGGAGCGCGCUGCAGGUGGCCUGUCGUGCCAGAGGGAUGCAGCCCGAAUGUCACCUGCCUCGACGGCAGCCCGUGUGAGGGUGGGCCCCGGGGUGUCAACUGCAGCUGCCAGGAGGGCUUCUCUGGCCAGAGGUGUCAGAUCUCCUGUGAAACCAGCCCCUGCUUGAACGGGGGCACCUGCCGGGCGGCGGGCGGCCUGUAUGAAUGCCUGUGCAGCCCGAGGUUCUCUGGCCAGUUCUGCGAAGUGGUGAAGGGCCUGCCGCUGCCGCUGCCGUUCCCGCUGCUGGAGGUGGUGGUGCCCGCGGCCUGCGCCUGCCUCCUGCUCCUCCUCCUGGGCCUCCUCUCAGGGAUCCUGGCGGCCCGGAAGCGCCGCCAGUCAGAGGGCACCUACAGCCCGAGCCAGCAGGAGGUGGCCGGGGCCCGGCUGGAGAUGGACAGUGUCCUCAAGGUGCCACCCGAGGAGAGACUCAUCUAGGCCUCCCUGGCCACCAGCUCCAGCACCGUGAGGCCAUGAACAGUUUCUGCCUGGAUACCAGAGGCGGCCGCUUCCAGGAGCCAGCGGGGCAGUGGCCGCCCCUUCUAGGCCUGGGGGAGCUGCUGCAGGGCACGGGUACCUGCUGCAGGGCACGGGGUACCUGCUGGGGAAGUGUCCUCUUUGCUGGCAGCCCCUGCCUCUGUCCCUCUGUGGAUGGAGGAAAAGGGGACCACUCAGGGCAGCAGAAGGGCCAGGCGAGGGGUUCGGCUGUGCAGGCAGGGCACACGUGCACAGGGUGCAUGCGUGUGCGUGUGCAUGUGCGCCUGGGGAUUGGUGGUCUUCAGACACUGGUGUGAGUGUGUGGGGCUGGGCUCUCGGGCACGUUCACGUUUUCGCUGUGCACGUACGUGACUGUGUGAUGGGUGCAGGCCAUCCCACGGAGGGGACGGCUGGGCCGUGGGGACAACCUGCACAGCUCUGGGGCGGGGCAACCCAAGGCUGCACUCCUCCCGGGGUCCAUGCCAGGGCCCCAGCUCCCAAUCUCCUCCCACCUCUGGAGGCCACCCCUCCCUGGGUCAGAGGCAGUGGGGAGUAGGGGGGGCUGUAGCCAGGGGCCACGGGGACUCCUGGCUCCCAGAACAGGUGCUGCUUCGGGCAGAGUCGUCUCUGCCUUGAGCCAGAGCCAGGCCCCCUCGGGAACACAGACCAAGCCAGGGCAGAGCGGGGCACAGAGAGCAGAGCACAGGCUGCCCGGGGUGUGUGGGGGCCUGUCAUCUGUAGGCAGAGCGGGGAAAGCGACCCCGUGCACCCCACAGGGCUGCUAUGAGCAUCAGCGGGGAUGCGAACAGCGUCAUAGACGCUGGCCCACUGGGAAGGGCUGUCCGGGCCACCCUUUUAGGAGUCAGGAGUUGAAGGAAAGAUGGGGGAUGCAGGUAGGGGCCUCCCUGGGGUGAUGAGGAUGAAGGAACGACCCCUCACCCACCCCACCCAGCCCUCCCACCUCUGGGUUCUCCAGCUCCUCUGGAGCCAGCACUUUCCUCUGAAGCCUCCACGGAGACGCUCCUUCGCCUGCAGGCAGUCCCCUCGGUGCACGCUUCAAGAGGAUCCAGGGCGGCCUCCAGGAAGCCCUCAGCUGCAGGCUGAGAACGCUGGUGCCGCUGGGCGGGCUGCUCCUGCAGACACACACAGGCAGGAAGAACUUGCCGCUUGGCCUGCUUCCUCCUCCGUGGUGCCGUCACACUGGGACCUCUGAUCCCUGAGGGUGCCCGCCUAUGGGCUCGAACUUCCAGGUGUCCCCUGAACUUGUUCCUUCCUGGAGCCUGGGAGCCCUUGACGCCAUUGGUGGCCGGUGACCUGCAGCCCUGCCCCAUGGACCCAGCAGGCCUGUGAGCAGCCCACCCCGAGGCCUUGCUUAGGAGGGGAGGGGCUGAGUUGGCCUCGGAAGCCCCAGCGGGAACAGGCUUGAGUGGGGCGGGGGCAGACCUCCCCUCACGGCCCCCAGCCCUGGCCACUGCCUCUGCACAAAGGGGUGCUGAAGAUGGCUGAGGCCUCCCUUGCCCCUGCUUCCUCAAGGACACAGGGAUACCAGCCUUCUCCCCAAGAAGGUUUUAUUGAACGCGCACACAAAAUUCUUCCUCGGUCUGCAAGUUCGCCCUGGCAUGCGGAGAGACAGCAGUGCCACCAGAUGCUGCACAGCCAGAGAUCACGGGGUGGGCCACUCCAUCCCCAGCAGGGCUCGGGGCCUGCCCGGAGAGUGGGGCUGGGGUCUGUUUGGAAACACCUGAGGGCCCUGGAGGUCCUCACAGGCCCGGAUGUGACACACCUCCCCUGUCCCCCCCCAGCAGCUGGAGAACACUCUCGGGCCACGCCCUGUCGGAGCAGACGUGGGGCCAGGCCUCCACCCGGGGUGUGGCCUCCAGCCCCUCAGUUACCAGGGUUCCAUGGGGUCUGGGGACCUCCGGGGACCCCUUGCCCCUCCAGAUACCUCUGCGACUGUCUGACUAUCCACAAAUAGGAAAUGAGAAAUAGGUCAAAAUGCUCACAAUUUCCUGCAUGUCUCAGACGGUUGUUUUCUUAAAUGGUUGGGUCACAUUUCAACUUGGUUUAUUGAAACUAGUCAAUUUCAAGAUUCAUCAAAUCAAUAAAGCAAAAAGGAAAAGAUAAAAGAAA